AAAUGGCUACCCUUGAAAAAGAAUCUGCCACUAUUCCUAACGGAACCGCUGGCGAAUCGCACCCGAAAGCAGCUGCAAGCCACCAGCACAACACGGGUUCCAAGAAACUAUCUCUGCCAAUUCAAACUGUGGUUCAUGAGUACCAUAUGAAGCAUGGAUUACGUCACCAAGAUUUCUUCAGGUAUAGAGGAUACUGUUCGCGGAGGCUGAAACAUAUAAGGAAGGCUCUGAAGUUCACACAGUCGAGUCACAAGAAGCAUUUCCAGAAGCGACAGGUGAACGAAGACAAUAUCAAGGACCUGAGGUACCUGGAGAUCCUGCUGUUGAACGCAGAACGCGCCUGGGCUCAUGCCAUGCAACUGAAAGACGAAUCCGAACUGGAACCCCGUCGAGUGCACCAUUCAAUGCGCAAACUAAUGCACGCGUGCGAAAUAUCAGGAGUGCUGCUCAGAAUAUGCUCUGCAGAAGGUGGAAAAUGCAAAGUGGAUGCGCGGACUUCGAUCGAAGCGAAAGCUUAUCAUGAGUACAUGUUGGGAGUUCUAGCCCAGAAUAAACGAAAUUGGUCGGACGCGCUGAAGAGUUUCAAAAGUGCGCUCGCUUUGUAUGAGCGAAUUAAAGAACUCGUGACUGAGGAAAAACGUGAGGCUUAUGACGCACAAAUUUCCGAGGUGAAGCCUUUGAUCAACUUCUGUGCGUACAAUUUGGGCGAAUCUUUGGACGAAAAUCCAACUACAGUUACAGAGUUAGAGCUGGACUUUGAAGAUAAAUUGAAAAUGAUGUCGAAAAGUAACGUUGUGAACGAAGGCGACGUCAAAGCGACGAGUUUUGCAUGGUUAGGUCAAACGGUGCAAGUUAAGCUCCCGUUUUGGAGUACGUUCUUGACUUCGAUCGGAAAUUACAAACAGGAGAUAAGCAAGGCCCUGAAUGAUGAGGCAAAGAUUGGGCUGUUGGAUAGUUUGCUGGAUGAGACUCGUCAAGUUCAAGCUAAGUUGAAAGCUGAAGUGAAACAACAAAAAGACUACAAAGGCGACUCAGUUUCGAAGCCCAACGGAACUACAUCGGUUGAAAACCCAAUCAUGUUCCUUCUGGGUUACGUAACAUUCAUCAAACUAGCCAAUAGUGUGCAAAAGAAUCUGCUAUUUCUCUACAACUUGGUGUCAAAAGAAUCAGGGAAAAGUCUUUUUGGCGAAGCCGCGAAAAGACUGAAACCCCAAACAUUCCUGAAGUUCUUCGAGUCGUGUUCGGAGUUCAUAGACGAAAUUCUUAGUAUAGAAUACGUACAGUCGUUCGGAAGCUUCGAUAGCUUCGAGAAGAGUUUGCGGAUGCAACAAUCAGCGUUUUCGGCGUUUAGCAUAUACGAGCUAGCGAGGUGCUAUAGUGCGCAAAAUGAAUGGAAAAGUUCGUUAUCACUCUUUAGUAGGUCGAAAGAUUUAGCAAAUUCUGUGGACUUAAAAAGUUUAAAUGCUCCAGAAAUGGACGGGACUCUUAUUGAGCUAUUGGUACAUGAUUUACUCGCGUGUAUUGAUACUGAGAUUUAUAGUGCGUAUACGUUGUGUAUAUCGAAUCAAUUUGCAAAAGAAAUUCCUCCGCAAGGGUCGAGUUCAGCAGUUUCGAACGCAUCUACAACGCAGCCGCUUGACAAAAACCUAAACCAGUGGGUUAAAUUAUCACCAGCUAGCUUGAAAAAUCUGAAAAUAACAAGUAUGCCUCCCGAAUAUGUUGCAGUGCCUGCGAAGCCUUUGUUCUUUGACAUUGCGUCGAAUCAUUUGAGUUUGCCGACAGCAGUUCAGGAGAAAGUCAAUGCGUCUAGUCAGAAUAAAGGAGGAUUGGGUGGGUACUUCAGAGGCUGGUGGGGCGGAGGAAAGUAAACAAAAGGAACAACAACAUACACAAAAGCAGCAUCAAAGGAUAAGUGUAAAAGGAGAAACUAUACCCUGAAAAAUGGACUUGACUUACAGUGGUUAAGAAACUCAAAGAUCGAUUUUGCUUACGUUGGUAAAUUAUCUUGCUCUCAAAAUCUUGAACGCUCGUUUUCCUAAUGGCAGCUAAGGCUAAAUGUGUUAUGCGAAUUGGUAAUGGGAAUGCAUUUGUUUUUACAGAUAAAUGCGCUUGCAAAUUAAAUAUAGUUUUUGAUUUCUUGACGAAAUGAUUAAGUGGGGAAGUUUGCUGGUGGGGCGGGAGGAGGGGGUUGCUCAGGUUAUGGGUGGUUUAAUGAGCUGCGAACCCAAUGAACAAAUUAUAUUGUUAAUAUACGAGCAAUAUGUCAUCGUAUCAUUGUUUAAUUCAUUUUCAAAAGUUUAUCCGCCGAUGAAUGCUUACAAUGCCCAACUCUUUCAGAUAUUGAAGAAUUCAAUAGGUUUUAUGGAAUUGACCUUUUGCUUUAAAACUUGCUGUUUAUGAGGAAAAUACCUAAUUUUAAUCUGGAUGUAAAAUUUUAGUAGAAAGCGCUAAAGCAGUACCGUUAUUGUUGAAAAUAUCUUCUGUUGCAGAAUAAUUUUUUAUGUUAUGUAAAGAAAAAGGCAGUUUAAAUUUAAAAAUAUGUGCAAAUUUAUUUGAAUUGGUGCCUGACUUCGUGAGAUAAAUUAAUGAAGCUUCUGAUUAAUUCAUCUUUCGUUCAAAA